AACUAUAUAUUUACCUGGACACAUUUCUCACUUUCUGCAUUUUUCUCUCGAUCCAAACGAUAACGAGAAAAUAUGCCAGAAGACUUUUUAUCUACUUUUUAAUACGAUUGAUGCAAACGCAGCGUCACCUUCUCUCUCUAUCUCUCUGUCUUUUUUUUUUGUUUAUCUCUCUAGAAACUGUCAAGGAAUUUCCUGAGAAACAAACAAAACUUUGCCCAUCAGAAACUCUAACAAGUGCAGAAGGUUAAAUUGAUAAGUUCUCCUCCAAUCAAUCGGCUUUGUAGAUGGAAGUUUUUGUGCUUAUCCACUUGCCUCGCUUUUUCCGAUAACAAUUCGAAAAUUUUCUAGCUGAUUAGGCUACAAACUUUUUUUUUUUGAAUUCUAUUUGGUUAUAUUUGGGUUUUCCCAUUCUUUUUGACGUUUCGAGAAAGGAAAUCAGAAUGAUGAGAAAUCAGCAACAAGAUCAGCUAUCAAGGAUUUUCUUCGAGCUCUCGUCUCUGGUUCUCAAUCUGCUUCGUUCACCGCCUUUGCCGAUCCCGUUAUCUGACCAAUCCCCAGCUAUUCCAUCGGAUUCUUCGCGGAGGAGGUCAUCGGCGCCGCCACAGAUCUCGCCUGCGGGCUUCGCCUCGUUGAUGCUGGGUAUUUCGAUGGCUUUGAUGCUGUGUGGAUCCGUGACGUUCUUUAUUGGGUUCAUGUUGAUGCCUUGGAUUCUUGGAUUGGUUAUGGUUUUUUAUGUGGCUGGGAUUGUUUCUACCAUCUCCAUGUUGGGCCGUUCACUUUUUUGCUACGCCUUGGCCCCAUCGUCUCCAAGGAAGGAAAUUCCUGAGUAUUACUAUUACAUGGAUCUCUUACCAUUUUCCCCGUUCUGUUACCGCAAUUAAGAACUAAGAUACAAAAUAGCAUCGAGCUUAUUAGAUGAUGCACAACGGAAUUUCUGCAGCCGAAAUCUGUAACUUCUUAAUUCUUGGGUCUUGGGUUCUACUUCUAGAUUUAGCAAACCUAUGUUGAAUGAGCUGCGGGACAGUGCCCAAUCGUUGUCUUCUUUGAGAUGAGUUUUCAUGUGGCAUAAGAUUGGAGCUAGUGAGCUUUCAUGGUUAUAUUAACUAGAUUGGCAGGUUUGCUGAAUCAAACCUGUAAAUGGUGUUUUCCCACACGAAUGGGAAGUGCAUACUGCAUUUUGUUGAUCCUGCCCACCGUCCUCCAUUUAUGGGAAAAGUGCAUUUACUCACCUGUCCUGCUGUUGAUGACAUCAACGAAACGUGUUUAUACAACUCACCCGUCCACAAUUUAUUUUCGUCAUUUGGAAACAUAUUGUUCAAUACGUAAUCUUUGGCUUCCAUAUGCUACGAACAUAUGCUCUUCAAUCCUGUAACUGCUAUUGAAUUGAGUUUGAUGCUUGAUUAAUUUGAAAAUAGUUUUCUAUCUG